UAGUUACUUCCCUCGUUUUCUCCAUUUUGUACAUGAAAUUAAGAUUAUCUUUGUCAUCAUCACGCAAAACCCAUUUCAGGCCACAGGUUGAGUAACACAACAUACUAAUUUAAUUUUGUUUUAGGGGAUAAGGUGUCUUGUUAGUCAUGGUUUUUAGUGCUCUGUCUCUGGCAUAACUUCUUCCCAAGAAACCAUUUUUUUCUGAAUUUUUUUCUUGUGCCCCACCAUUGCAUUGUCGAGGUGUUUCAGUUUCUCAUUCAAGUUCCAAGUUCAAUAAUCUUGCCGACGAUGAAUCCAAUGAUUCUUUCUUGGUUUCUGGAAUCGACAUUUUUUAUAUAAUUUCUUCUAUGCUUAUAUCUGUGCAGCAGUUGUCAACUCUGGUCUAGGUAGUUGGGUUUUGGAUUCUGUAGGAAAUCAAUGGAGGGGAGCUUGUUUGAUGUUAAAUCUCUUUCCAUGUCCCAAGUUGCCUUCAUGGGAAGAACAUGUUGGAGCCAUUUUUCUGAAGUUGGUGUCAAAAUCAGACUACCGUUCUUUUCUGGCAGAGGGGUAUUGCCAAAGGCUUUCUCUUAUUCAGGAACUUCAAGUAAUGCUUACGUAUCAAAGAAAGCUGUUUGUUCUAUUAAUGAAGAAAAAUUUUCAACAGGAAAUUACAUAGAUCAGAUAAAUGGAAAGAAAUCAAGUUUGUUCUCAAGGAAUAUGAAGGCACUUCAUGCCAUUGAUGAUGAGUUUGGAGGACUUGUAGUUGAUCCAGAGAGAUUGCCAGCUGAUCCAAAUGCCUUUGCUUCAAUGCUCCGGUCCUCUCUUUCUCAUUGGAAAGCAAAGGAAAAGAAGGGAGUUUGGCUUAAGUUGCCAGUGGAAAGGUCAGACCUUGUCCCAGUUGCUGUAAAGGAAGGGUUUGAAUAUCACCAUGCGGAGCGAGCAUAUGUGAUGUUAACUUACUGGCUUCCUGGAGGACCCUGCAUGCUUCCUGCGAAUGCUACCCAUCAAGUAGGAGUAGGAGGUUUUGUCAUCAAUGACAACAAUGAGGUUCUUGUAGUACAAGAGAAAUACUGUUCUCCAGCAUCUGCUGGUCUCUGGAAAAUACCAACUGGUUUCAUUCUUGAGUCUGAGGAGAUUUACACGGGAGCUGUUAGAGAAGUCAAGGAGGAAACUGGGAUCGAUACUGAGUUUGUUGAAGUCAUAGCAUUCAGGCAUGUACACAAUGCGGCCUUUGAAAAGUCAGAUUUGUUCUUCAUCUGUAUGCUGAACCCUCUAUCAACUCAGAUUAUGAUCGAUGACCAUGAAAUUCAAGCUGCCAAGUGGAUGCCAUUAGUUGAGUUUGUAGAGCAACCUCUCAUCCAAGAAGACUCCAUGUUCAAGAAAGUGAUUGAUAUCUGUGUUGCUCGCUUGCAUAAACGUUACUGUGGAUUACAUCCUCAUAAACUAGUCUCUGCCUUUGAUGGCAAGUUAAUUUCACUGUACUACAAUGUCACCCAUUCCCAAGAGGCCAACUGUGUAAGCAACUGAAGCCAUUCAAGUCCAACCCAUCGCUGCCCUUACAUUAUAUGACCCGCUCCGGUAACUUCUCCUGCCUGAAAAUUGGCUUGACGGUUUGAGUAACUACCAUUCUUGCAGAGAUUUGCAGCUGAUUCAUGACAUAUAAUUAUACAAAUAACUUUCAUUUGUAAAAUGCAUCUUCGAGUGUAAAAAAUGUGGCUCCUGUACUUGGAUGACAAUCACAUUUAUAUAUUACUGAAUGUCUCAUGUAACGUUAGAGUUCGUCUCUCAAACCGUUCUUAAGAUCUGCAAUAAUAUUCCCCAAUGGCAGGGGGCAGGGGUAGGGAUGGUAAUUUUCUUUGCGACCAGUGGAGCUUCAUGGAUUUUCUGCCACGGGAAUAAAGAUUAUGAGAAUAU